AUGGCGGAAACCACUUUCAAUCUCCUCCACAAUUUCAAAUCAAACAGGGAUUCUUAUGGAUUUGCAUUAAGGCCUCAAUACGCACAAAGAUAUAGAGAGUAUUCCUUAAUCUACAAGGAAGAAGAAGCUGAAAGGUCAGAUAAAUGGGGAAGUUUCAUUGAACAGCUAGAUAAAUCAUCUCAAGCAAGUUCUUCUGAGAACAAACAUAAAGAAACAUUGAAAGUUGAAAGUAGUGAGGUCAAAGAAGAGAAAAGUCUUCAUAGGGUAAGUAACGGGGAUGAUUCGAGUAGCAGGAUUUUUUCUGAAUAUGCGGAGGUAGAAGUGAUAAAUGCAGACAAAAUUAGUGAAGGAGAAACUGAGAUAAAAGAAGGUGACUCAAGUAGCAGGGCGUUUUCAGGAGAAACUGAGACAAAAGAAGUUACUGGUUUGGGGACGGCUAGUGAAGGGGGUGAUUCAAGUAGGAGGGAGUCUUUUUCGGAUUAUUCAACAAGAAAUAAUUCUCCAAAGGAACUGCACCAUUCAGAAGAAAGCAAGACCCGUAAGGUUCAACGCUGGGCUGAAAUUAGGCCAUCUCUUAGUACCAUUGAAGAAAUAUUGAGCUCUCGUGUCAAGAAAGGAAAGAAUAUGAAAGGUGAGAAGAUAAAUGGUAGUGAUGGCCACCUUCCAUCUAUAGAAGAAUCAGAACCUGUAGAAGGGGAUCCUGAGGAAGAUAUUCAGGGAAAGGUCUGCACUAAGGAGACUCUAGAUGGUGGUAGUGGUUCAAGGGCGGAAAAUGAUUUAAUGAACCAAGACCUGCCAGAACUUUUCUCCCCAUGGAAGGAACUAGAGUCUCUUGUUCAGGGAGGAGUCCCCAAGAAUCUUAGAGGAGAGGUCUGGCAAGCCUUUGUAGGUGUGAACACACGGCGGGUGGAGCGCUAUUAUGAUGACCUUUUAGCUCAAGAAACUAACAGUUGUGAAGGCAAGGAGCAAGAUGUUCAAUCUGUUGCAUCAGGGAAAUGGAGAAAGCAGAUUGAGAAGGACAUACCGCGAACUUUCCCAGGUCACCCUGCUUUGGACGAAAACGGCAGAAAUUCCUUGAGGCGUUUACUGCUAGCAUAUGCUCGACAUAACCCCUCUGUUGGAUACUGUCAGGCAAUGAACUUCUUCGCUGGUUUGUUGCUGCUUCUUAUGCCAGAAGAAAAUGCCUUUUGGGCCUUCGUUGGAAUUAUUGAUGAUUAUUUUGAAGGCUACUAUACUGAAGAAAUGAUAGAAUCCCAGGUGGACCAGCUUGUUUUUGAGGAAUUGAUGCGUGAAAGAUUUCCUAAACUUGUUAAUCAUCUAGAUUACUUGGGAGUGCAGGUAGCAUGGGUAUCUGGGCCGUGGUUUCUAUCAAUCUUUGUAAACAUGAUUCCAUGGGAAAGUGUUAUUCGAGUUUGGGAUGUUCUGCUAUUUGAAGGAAAUCGUGUUAUGCUAUUUCGAACAGCGCUGGCUCUAAUGGAGUUAUAUGGUCCUGCAUUAGUUACAACAAAAGAUGCAGGUGUGACAGAGGCAAGAUUGCAGGAACUGAGAGUAAAACACCGCCCAUCUGUAUUAGAAGUUAUAGAAGAGAGGUCAAGGAAAGGACGAGUUUGGAAAGAUUCCAAGGGGAUUGCAACUAAAUUGUAUAGUUUCAAGCAUGACCCAGAGUCACUGGUGGAAGAAAAAAAAGAUAAUGACAAAGGUGAUAUGGUAGCUGAUAAGGAUGUGCAGUUGGAUUUGGAGUCCCAUUCCUCUAACUUAGAUGAACUGCUUAAUAGUCUCAAUAUUGAUUCCAAAAUGGAUUCCCUACCCGAUCUCCAGGAACAGGUAGUUUUGUUGAAGGUUGAGAUGUGCAGAUUGUUGGAGGAGAAAAGAUCUUCCAUACUCAGAGCUGAAGAACUAGAAACAGCUCUAAUGGAGAUGGUGAAGGAAGAUAAUCGUCUGGAGUUGACUGCGAGGGUUGAGCAAUUGGAGCAUGAGGUAGCCGUCUUGCAACAAGCCCUUACCGAUAAACAAGAACAAGAAGCUGCCAUGCUGCAGGUUCUAAUUCGGCUAGAGCAGGACCAAAAAGUUACUGAAGAUGCCCGCAGAAGAGCAGAACAAGACCUUGCAGCUCAUAAAUUGGAAGUUCAUGUGCUCCAGAGCUUUAUAAUUUCUGGUAUCAGAGAGAAAGAAGUAGCCGCAAUGUGCGAAUUGUUAAGGAUCUUACUAGACACGAUUAUAUCUAUUUCCAGUAUAAUAAAUAUGCAGGAAAAAUAUGAGAAGGCCACAGCAUCAAUUGCUGAGAUGCAAAAGCGAGUUGUUAUGGCAGAAAGUAUGCUGGAGGCUACCCUUCAAUAUGAAUCUGGUCAAUCCAAAGCGCAAUCUUCUCCAAGGGCUGGUCGUGUAGAAAACCCUUCACGGAAAAUUGGUCUUCUAAGUUUUGGACUCGGUUGGCGUGACAGAAACAAGGGCAAACAUAACACUGAGGAAUCAACCGAAAGUUCGCAUGACAAUGUCACUCCAAGAAAAGAAUCCGAUAUAGAAGAAGAACAAGGUAGAUAG